GAGAAGCCAUCGCUAACUGCUAGUGCUUAUUGAAACUAGCGUGUGUGGAAAACUUUUGAAAAUAGCGAAAAAGUCGCUAAAAGAAGGAGUAACUCCGAGUGUUUAGGUAGAACGAGUCUACGUUUAAUCGUUAAGCGGGAAAAUAACCGCUGUAACGAGUAAAACAAUUAGUUUUAGCGUUCACUGGACAGAGAUACAACACCAAACAGUGUACACAGAGCAGGAAGUAAACCGGAAAUGACUCAGUACGCUUACCGCCUGACAGCAGAAUGAUAAAGUGUGGAAAAAGGAAAAAUAAUUCUGUGUGCAUGUGCCCCAUCAUCACCCCUAACAAUUAUGUUGGACCCCAUGAGAAUCACUACUGCAUGACGGCUGCAGAAGGCCUGUAGGUGGCAGUGUGCACCUUAAUGAAAGGAGGAGUCCACUAUCUGCAAUUUAGAAGUACACAAAUAAAUUGUUUUGUUUUAAUUAAUAAUCAGUAAUUGAUGAAUCUAAAAUGUAAGAAAUGGAUGUAACAAAAAUGUAGCAAUGACUUCGUUCCUUCCUUCCUGUCCUUUUACCCCAAUUUACCUUCUGCGUGAUACUUUGUGAUUACAUUAAGCAAAGGAAAGACGACUUGUCCUCUAUUAGUGGUCCUGCAUCACAGAGUCUGUGUCCAGCUGUUCAGGGUCUACUGGACGCCACUCAGCAAUCAGACAGAGCAGCUUUUGUCUGAUAAAUCUUAACAAGCAAGCAGCCAAAUUGGAGUCACAAGUACGCACAGUCUGUGGGGAGUUUCAGGCUGCAGGCUUGUGUGGGCUGCAACUUUUCUACCUCUGCCGGACCAUAAUUCAAGUCAAAUCAUGAUCUGAGCAGCAGGGUCUGGGGAAGUAUAAGAGUGUUCUAACGCAAUAUGGAGAGCUGGCACUGUUUGCUGCUGCUGUGCACACUAAGUUUAGUGCUGGCCUCUGGAGAGGCGACGAAAAAUGAUGAUGACAUCGACCUUGUCAGCUUUCUGAGAAGUAUCUACCCCGGGCUGCUGGUGAGAGACGAGCCGUUCAUCAUCAACAGAGACUUUGAGAUAAACUCCCUCAAGGAGCUGAGGCGCCCCGAGGUCCUCUCAAUCACAGAGCAAACCAAGGACAAACCAGUCAAUCAGGAUACAAAUGGAGCUCCUGGACCUGUGGUGUUAACCAAAGACGGCCAGAUCAAGGGGGUUACGGUGGAUAAGGCCCAUAUAUUUUAUGGAAUACCAUAUGCAGAUCCCCCUGUUGGGGCUUACCGCUGGAAGCCCCCGAGACCUGUGAGUCCUUGGCCAGGGGUUUAUGAUGCCUCCUUCCCCAGGGCAGCAUGUGUGCAGGCCUGCAGCGGACCCAUCACUGAGGAGUGUCCUCAGAUAGUUAGCGAGGACUGUCUCUACCUCAACAUCUUCGUCCCAGUGGAUGUGAACUUCAGCUCCCCUCUGCAGAGCCCGCUGCCUGUCAUGGUGUGGAUUCAUGGGGGGGAUUUCAUUGCUGGCUCUGCCUCCAAGCCGCUGUACGAUGGACGCUUCAUCAGCAACUUCACCCACACUGUUGUUGUAAGCCUGGAGUACAGACUGGGUGCCUUUGGGUUCCUUGUGUCGGGCAAAGACCCUCACACCUCAGCUGCAGGGAAUUAUGGGAUAUUGGACCAGCAGGCGGCUCUUCUUUGGGUUCAGCGGAACAUUGCGGUGUUUGGAGGGGAUCCAAGCAAGGUGACAAUAUUUGGGGAGAGUGCAGGUGCUCAGUCAGUGAGUCUUCACCUUAUGAUCCAGAGCAGCAAGCCUCUGUUUAAACAGGCUGUCCUGCAGAGUCUGCCCUUCUCCAUCCCCCUGAAGACCAGACACGAUGCCCUGAAGCUGGGAAAAGACUUUGCUAAACAGACCAACUGCUCUGUGAGCAACAUCGUCUGCCUGCUGUCUCUCACUCCACAGGCCGUCCUGGCUGCCCAGAUGAAAACAAGCUCCAAGAUUGUGAACCCGUUCCGGUUCCUGGAAGUCUUUGAGACGUGGGGUCCGUAUAUUGAUGGGGAGUUAAUAAAAGAGCAAGCUGUCACUGCCUUCCAGAAGGGCCACUGGCAGAAAGAGAAGGCAGUGCUGCUGGGUACAACCUCAGAGGAGGGGGUGAUCUUUGUGUAUGGCGUCUUCAACAAGCCAGUCUCUGCACUGGAGAGCACAGUGUACAUCACAGCCAUCUUUAAACAGCACGCUCUGCGGAUCCUGCACAAGUACCUGCCCCUGUACAGGGACGCUGACCGCAGGGAUAUGCUAGCUCAGAUUGUCACCGACUACGUAUUCCUGUGUCCAUCCAGGAGGUCAGCACGUGCUGGCACAGCAGCAGGCAGCGAGGUGUGGAUGUACGUGUUCGACCAUGUGGCGUCAGACCAUCGAGUGUGGUCAGGUCUGACUUUCUGCUACCAGCAUGCCUGCCACGGCGCAGAGCUGCCUUUUCUCUUUCACUCUGCCUCGGUGGCCAACUUCACCCUGUCACUACCAGAGAAACUGCUAUCCAAUCGGAUGCUGUGCUACUGGGGUGCCUUUGCCCACACUGGCGACCCUUCCUCACGGGUCCAACAAACAACUUUCUGCCGGGAACAGCGUCUGCCCGUUUGGCCACGCUAUUCUGACACCACUGGCUGGCUUGUCAUGAACCUGACAGUACGCUCGCAUGCACAAGUGGGAACCAGGAGUCAUAUAUGUGACUUCUGGGACAAACUGGGCAUCUACUAGUGAGGGGACAGGCUGGGCAGGGAAGUGUUGGGUUGCUUUGCAUUGAAGUAACAUCAAUACAUGCUGUUCUCUUUGUUCCUGAAUAUGUAAAGUCAGUUGGAAAAUCUUGCAGCAUGAAGUUGCAGUGUUCAUCUCAUACAUUCAUCAGUAUUAAAUAUGACCAAGCAGCAAUUAAUUAAAUAAAUAGCUUUUAGAAAGAAAAUGUUUUUUCUAUUGCCUUUCUCCAGCAACAUAUACUUUUGAAGGUAAAGUAGUAGUAGUGCACAUCAGUUUUGCAAAACUGCUUGAAUUAUCAGCAUUCUGUCAUCAUCUAUUGGUCACCAGUAGGAAUAGCCUCUCUAGCCAAAGUACCACCAUUUUCCCUUUUUACGUGAGUAAAUGUCAAAAGCUGCAGAACUGCAUGGAAGGUCAAUGGAAAUGUAUGUAUCGUAAAUUCAGGUGAAGAAGAGUUCAUAAAAGUAAAAAAAAAAGUAGUGUGAGAAGCAAUACUUAAUUUCCAGUAAGCAAUCAAAAAGGAAAGUUAGUGGAAGAGUGGAAGAAGGCUCAUGAAGAGCUAGAACUGAGUGUCAUCUGCAUAGCAAUGAACUGAAUGCCAAAUUUCCUAAAGAUAUGGCCAAGAGGUAAAAGGUAAUUGAUUGAUUGAUUGAUUGAUUGAUUAAUUUAUAUCUUCUUGAGACCUGUCAGAUAAACACACAUGGAGUCGGUAUGUGUUGUUAGCUAGCUAGCCGUUAGGGUGAAUAAACACAAAAAGCACUCCAGGGUUUCUCUAUGUUUCAACAGGACCUAUUUUACGUGCAUAUUGGCAAAAUGGUAGUUUCGUUUUGUAGUUACAAGUAAUGUUAACGUCAUUAAUCCAAUAAAUGUUUAAGACCUGUCAAAAUUAAAACAUUUUAAGGCCUAAAAUUAUAAUCAUUGGAUUCAAGACACCCUGCACUGCAGAAUUACAAUUUGAGCAAGUAAAGCAGGCAAAGACUUGUGUCCCACUCAACUUGAACACACCUAGUGCACCCACUGUCAAAGCCUCCUAAAAUUAAUCCUAUGAGACAAUAAAUUGAAUGCACAAGUGAUAAAAAUAAGUAAAAUUAUCUUAAAAAUAAUCUGUUUCCUGUUUCCAACAGCACUUGUCAAAUGUAAUAGUAAAAUCACAGUGUGGAAGAGGCUAGUGUGAUACAACAAACCGAUCAGCCAUAACAUUCUGAGCACUGAUAGGUGAAAUGAAUAACACUGAUUAUCUGGUUAUCAUGGCGCCUGUCAGUGGGUGGGAUAUAUUAGGCAGCAAGUAAACAUUUUAUCCUC